ACUCCUCCCCAAAUUAAUACCUUAACUGUGGUUGAAGCAACAUUGGUUCUUAAGAGAGUGCCGCUAGCUCAUUACAAUGCACAGUGCCGCUAGCUCAUUACAAUGCACCAUAAUCUAUUCACCAUCUUUGUAAUCUACGUUCAUCAUUUUUCCUUUUAUUAUAUAUUCCACCAUCUUUGUAAUCUUUGUGCUUUGCCUUUUGUAUCUUCUUUGUUUCUUUUUCACCGCCAUGGAAUCCGCCGCAUCGGAGAUACUCAUAGACGGCGCUCCUUUUUUUCGCUUAUACAAGGACGGUCGCAUCAAAAGGCUUUCAGGUACCGAAAACGUCCCUCCAGGCCUCGACCCCAAAACCAACGUUGAAUCCAAAGACGUCCUUUACUCCCAAGAAAUCGCCCAAUCCGUAAGGAUUUACGUUCCCGGAACCGUCGUCACCUCCGCCCAGAAACUCCCUCUCCUCGUGUACUUCCACGGCGGAGGCUUCUGCAUAGAAAGCGCCUUCUCUCCUACGUAUCACAAUUACUUAAACGCCUUAGUCGCCGAAGCUAAAAUCGUCGCUGUUUCAGUCAAUUACCGGAGAUCCCCCGAGCACCCACUUCCCGCCGCGUACGACGAUUCAUGGACCGCCCUUAAAUGGGUCGCUUCCCAUUACAUCGGAACCGGUCCUGAACAGUGGUUGAACCACUACGUUGACUUUGCAAAUGUUUAUCUCUCAGGGGAUAGCGCCGGUGCCAACAUAUCCCAUCAUCUCGCCGUUAAAAUCACCAACGAAAAGCUCGACGGUAUGAAUCUCGUCGGUAUCAUUUUAAACCAUCCAUUUUUUUGGGGCAAAGAACCGGUUGGCGAUGAGGUUAAGAAACCAGCUAUAAGGGAAAAAAUGGAUGGGAUUUGGCGAUUGGCGUAUCCUACAACAAGCGGAUCCGAUGAUCCAUGGAUAAACCCCAUUGAUGAUCAAAGCUUUGGGAGGUUCUUGGGAUGUAAAAGGGUACUGGUUUGUGUUGCAGAAAAGGAUGUAAUGAGACACAGGGGCUGGUACUAUUGCGAGAAGUUGAAGAACAGUGAGUGGGGUGGUGAAGUGGAGAUGAUGGAGGCUCAAGGAGAAGACCAUGUGUUCCAUUUAAACAAACCCAACUGCCCAAAUGCUGUGGCUAUGCUGAAAAAAGUUGCAGAGUUCAUUAACCAGGUAACAAAACGAAGAAGAGCAAGUGGCGGACAAUCAAAAUUAUAAGUUCUAGGUCGCCGAUGAACUGUCAAUUUAGCGAGGCUAUCCGCAACUUUGUUACCUUCUCUGAGCAUAAGUAGAAUUUUCACCUCCCACGGUUUAGCUAGAAGUUGCUUAAUAUGCUUUAUAAGUUGAAAAUAAUUAAAAUUAAUUUAGAUAUAAUUAUAUGUAAUUAUACAUAUUUGGAUAAUUAUUAUAAUUAUAAAAUUUUAUUGAAUUGAGUGUAA